AUGGCCCCAACUCUCCAACUCCUCUUCACCCGCCGCGACUUCGACCCAGGGGCUCCAAGUGCUGCAUUUGCGGAUCAAUGGUCCAAUCCUUCCAAUUAUGCCUUUACUAUCCUUCUCUUGGUUGGAGGUGACUUGAUCCAUCGCGCUCUCGCUCAGCUGGCGGGGGGUCUGACUACCCCAGUCGCCUUUUCAUUUGGUUGGGUCUCCUACGCGGCGUCAUCCGUAUGUUCCGCGCUCGGUGAAUACAGGCUUAUGCCAGAUGCGGACACUCCCUGCUCUGUUAUCAAUGGCAAGAACGGUUAUGUCCGUGGGAAUAACUCCUGGGUUCUUGGACGGAUGAUGCGAGAUUAUGAGUACUGGAUGGGGGAGCCGGUCCGGGAGAAAACAGAGUCUCUUAUCAAGGCUCGCUGGGAAUUUGACCAGCAGCAUGAGGAGAGAAUAUCCCCCGGAUCGGGGAGCCGAGUGCCUCGUCCUACGCAAGCCGGAUUAGUUGUCAGUAUUUGGCAGCCAAGCACCAAGCUGCCGCAUGGGGAGCCCGGCCACGAUCUGCUUCAUUGGUCGGGUGUUAUUGUCACGGUGGUCCAACUGGGAAUAGCUGCGAUCCCAUUGGGGCUUAAUGGAGAUUGGGGGGUCAUGCUGGUCACCGCCGCGGCCAUCAUUCUCUGCUACAGCACUGGGGCGCUGCCGCAUUGGAAGGUCGAGAAGUGGGCUUGUCGCCGCUUGGAUGCUCGGGACAAGAAGAAUUUCAUUUUGACGCGUGGAAACGGGUCCCAGCAUGCAAUCGCCAUCAUUAGUAAUGGUCAUGGCUUGGACCUGGAGGACCUUGCUACGGGGUUUGCGAAGAUUAACUCUCCACCGAUCACUCUCUUUUCACAGCUGGCCAUUAUCAGUCUAGGGGUGGCAUGGGUUGCGCUGCUGAUCACGGCAUCCGCUCUGCAAAAGGACUCAUGGUACUUGAUUGCGGUUGGAGGUAUAGGAAUGCUGCAAAAUAUCUUCGUUGCGGGCUGGAAGCGGGCACCAGCUGCCUAUGGCGUACCGCUUGAGUUUGUCGGUGUCGUUGGCGAAGUCAAAGUUAUGCAAACUUUGAUGGAAGUGGAGAGAAGAUAUGAGAAGCUGGGGAAGAGCAUGGUAGGAACCUUCUUCCCAGGCGAGUUACGAGACAGUGAAGUGAAGGAGUGGGAGGCCAUCGCGCAGGAAUGGAAGGAGAAAAAGGCUGCCAUUGUCAAGUCUGAUAACUAA